UGUUUGUAUGAACUAUGUUACCGUGCUCAGCCAAUUUGUAAUUUUUUUAUGGAUAAUAAUGGCAUAGUUACCAUGCCUACGCUAACAGUAUACGCAGGCAUUGCUGGCAGGGAGUAAAGGAUGAUAGGUGAGAAUGAAAAUGUAGGUCAAUUAGCCCAUCGUAUGAAUAUAUCUGGAUUUCGAUGUAUUCCAGGAGACACCACAUAGUUGACAAUGCAUAUUGCUUGCAAUGAGAAUGGCAGUCUGUAUUACUAGCAAUCUCUUCUCUCCCAACCAAUUUGUAGUUAUUUACCAUCAAGUGAGUCGGAUGCUCGUUUGCCCCUUGUCUUAUAAAAAAAAAAAAUAUUGAUAAAUUAUUUUAGAUAUUGUCUAUCCAACACAAUUCUUCCAAUUAUUGUUUACUGUGUUUCAAAGAGAAUUCGCAUUAAUCAUUUAUCAAUAACUAGAUUUAAAACUGAAGUAGAAUAAAAUAAAUACAAGUAACUAAACAUAAGUACUUGUAUUAUUAGGUAUACAUUAUUCAUAAAAUCUGAAAAUUUUCCAUUAUGAAAUGGCUAGGUCAUUUAUUACAAUAAUUGAUAUCGAUAUUUUGGUUAGAGGCAUAUAUGGUUUCAACGCUUUGAAUAUAUAAUAAUAUUUAUUUCAUUGUGUUAUUGGUUCGAAAAAGUAACAUACUAACAUUAAUUUUUCGGGUGUAGUGGAUUAAGGUCGCUGCCAACUUUUAUAUAGUAUAUGUUACGUAGUGAUUGCUUUCUCUGUGACAGCAUCACUCAAUUGUAAAGUCUCUAUGAUGGUUUGAUUGGAGGGGUGUUAAAAAUAUCGAAAUGAAUAAUUUUACAUUUUUGAGUUAUUUUAACAUUUUUCUUUGAAACCUUAUCGUUAUUAUAAAUAAUUGAAAAAACUAAUGUGGAAUAUAACAACAAUGAGGUGAUACCAGUGACAUAACCCAUAAUAUGAUAUAUAAAUGAGAUACGAAGUUGGCAAGGUGGCAAGGAUACGUGUGCCGAAAUGGGGCUCGAAGGGUCACGUAGAGAAGCCUUGGUGGUCGUGACAUUAUGUCUUGUGUGGUACGCAGUGAGCUCCGCCAGCAAUGUAGUGGGUAAACUGGUGCUGACGGACUUUCCUUAUCCCAUGACGGUGACCAUGGUGCAGUUGCUGUCAAUCGUCGUGUACAGUCCGCCAGCGUUCGCAGUCUGCGGAAUUCGGCGCCAAACAGAGUUCCCGCGGCGUUAUUAUUGGCGCGUUCUUGUGCCACUCGCCUUUGCAAAAUUUUUUACCACAGUUUGCUCCCAAAUUUCAAUUUGGAAGGUGCCUAUAUCAUAUGCACAUACAGUGAAGGCGACGACGCCGCUGUGGACGGCGGCGCUGGCGCGGCUGCUAUUCGGUGAGCGGCAGACGGCCGGCGUGCAGGCGGCGCUCGUGCUUAUAGCGCUGGGCGUGGCCGUGGCCUCCGCCACCGAGCUGCACUUCGACAGCCUCGGGCUUGUCGCCGCGCUGGCGUCGGCGGCGCUGCUCAGCCUGCAACACCUCUACUCCAAGCGCGUCAUGCGUGACACUGGCGUGCACCACCUGCGCCUGCUGCAGGUGCUGAGCCGGCUGGCGCUGGCGCUGUUCCUGCCGCUGUGGGCGUGGCGCGACGGCGCGGCGCUGCUGGCGGCGGGCGGCGUGCGCGGCGCGGCGCCGCUGCUGGCCGCCGACGGCGCGCUGGCGUGGCUGCAGGCCGUGGCGGCCUUCAGCGUGCUGUCGCGCGUGUCGCCGCUCGCGUACGCGGUGGCGUCGGCGGCCAAGCGCGCCGCCGUGGUGGGCGCGUCGCUGCUGCUGCUGCGCAACCCCGCGCCGCCGCUCAACCUGGCCGGCAUGGCGCUCGCCGCCGCCGGCGUGCUGGCCUACAACCGCGCCAAGCUGCGGCCGCGCGCCGCGCCGCCGCCGCCGCUGCUGCCCGUCUGACUCCGCUCUGAGGCGUCCUUACGACUUCAGACAACGGCGAUGCGGUUUCUAGUGAAAAUUCAUCCUACUUAGCGUAUGUCUUUAUUUGGUUACUAUUAAGUUGCAUUUUGUGCCAAGUUUCUCAUACGUACCUACUUAUGGAAAGUCCGUACGAGAUGUAGCUGCGGGACAGCUCACUAGUAUAGUUAGCAAUUUUGCAACAGGUUGUAUUUGAUGAGUCGACCGGGCAGUACUUAGCAGUUGUAAUGUAUAUUCUCAUGGGAUCAAACCUGCGAACAGUAUUUAAGAGUUAAAAAUACGACGCAAGCACAAUGUAAAAUAUCCACACACAAGACGUCCCUCGCCUGCGAGGACCAUUAGUGCAACCGCAACCAUACAUUUAUUGGAUGUGACAAUCACAAAUCUACUUAAAACAAUAUGCUAAAACGCAGUGUAAACGUUACCGACACAAUGACCGGUAUGUCAAUGGUAAUUAUGUACACGUAAAGUACGUCGUUUGGUGCUUUCUGUAACGCUUAGCAAUUUAUACGGGUUUGAUCGUAAUACAAUUGAGCGGUGGCCAUGCAGGACAGGACAGGAAUAUGAUAAAAUCAAUCUAUUACUUGUUAAUUACAAUAUGUAUUGUUUAGUGUGCAUGGUACGUGCUGUACUCAAUUUGACACUAAAUAUUGUACACCUCGACGGAUAAGUGGCAUGAGUAUGGUGUAUACAACAGUCAGACGGAAGUCAAAUCUGUUUUUAUUUACUUCUUCAGUAAAUAAUCUUAGCAUUUGUUUUAUGAAAUUAGUCAUGAUAGACACUGAAAUAAAUGAACGAAUGAUUAGUAAAAUUGAAUUAUUAUUAUUAAGUAAAUAAUUAUUUGAAACAAAAUCUUACAAUAUUAGCAAUUAAGUAUUUCAUUUUAAUGAUGAUUUUUUCAGAAAGAGCAGGAAAGAAACAGCAUUAUAGCGCACAAUAAUUAUCCAAAAAGUGGUUUUAGUUAGUUAGUUAUUUCUUGUGAUGUGUACAUAAGACCAAGUCUUAGCUCAUUCUGCAUUGGGCAUAUUGUCAUCUGUUUAGUAAUUAGCAGCAGUGGUUUGUACCGGGUUGUACUUGUUGUAAUUACUCUGGUAUUUAAUGCUCAAAUGAUUUCUGUACAUACAUUUAUGUACUAUUAUAAUUCUCCGUGAUCAGAUCGUUUCUGCAUUCGUUAUUAUAAUUAUUUCACUACUCAUAUGAAAUAUAUGUACCACACCACCUAAACUUUCAUUGUAAUGCCAUUGUUUGGAAUACUACCUGAUAAUAGAGAACGGUUGGAUUAUAUAAGUAAAAUGUUCGUUCGAACAUUAUAUUCAUGAGCGUAUUUAAGAUGAGAGAGAAAGAUAUUCUUAACUCCGCCAAUGAUUAUAUGUUUUGCCGUGGUCGGUAGUGUAUACUGCCUCGCCUUCUGACGGUUGCGGGUUCUAUUCCCGUACUCUACAAAUAUUUCUAUUCACGAGUGUGCCUGUUCGUAUUGCUCUAGCUGCUCCUAUGGGCUCUAUAUUGAAUAUGUAUGUACUUAAUUAUAUUUAUUUGUUGUUACAUAACCGAUAGCUACAUUAAUAUACCACCUUUUAUUUUCUUGACCAUAUUAUCUAAAUUAAUAAUAUGGUCAAGAAAAUAAAUCAUAAAAAUAAUCUCUCCUACUUGCUGUGCCCAACAGGGUCCAUAAUUGAAACCUUAUGUAAUAAUUAUGUAUUAUGUAUUAAUUAAUUAUUAUGGAAUGCAAUAAAUAAAUAAAUAAUAUUAUAAAAAUUUCAAAUUUAUAAAAUUUGAUAUUUUUUAUAAUAUUAUUUAUAUUAAUUGCACUAGCAAUGAGAAACAAAAUUUAUUUAAAAAAAAUUUAGAGAUUACCAAUCCACCUGAGCGCAGCCCGGGCAAAUUGCUAGUUGUAGAUAUGGAAUAAUAGACGUAAUCGGAUGUGAUACUAGCAAAUUUCCUUUAGACGUCGAAAUAAUAAUGUAUAUAAAAAAAAAUUUAACUUGUAUUAGUGAAAUUAUUUUGUCAUAGAGCAAGUUAUUUUUAACAAAUAUUGUUUUAUUUUAUUAUAAUAUAAAGUACUGGAUCGCAUCGAGUCAUCGGUACAGUGGAGACGCUUCAGUGGAACCAGUAGUAAUGUGCGUGUAACGAAGUAUCUAGUGAUUGUAAUGCUAGUACCUAUUAUUUAUGUACACAAGCGGCCAAGCUGCUUGUAAAAUGAAUUUAUUUUAUUAUAUUGUUAUGUAAAUAAAGUUUUUAUAAUUUUUGUCUAUUUCUUAUA